AUGGAGCCGAGCCCCUACACAGAUAAGUCGGCGCCGACUUCUGCUGACUUUCCCCUUCGACACCGAAUGGGUCGCGGUCUGAGCUUCACCUUCGAGUGGGACGACUUCGCCGUCCUUCGCGGCCAUAAGAAAGAGUUCACCAAGAGAUGCUUGGGAUUCGGCAUCAGCGUCAUAGCCAUCCUCUACCCAGGAGAUCUGCUGAAGGCUGACGGAGAGGAUAGCAGGACCUCGAUCCGGCACAUCGACCCGCAUACCGGAAAACUGAAGCACCGCGACGAGGCCAUCCGCGUGCUGAAGCUAUUCCGCACAGCUGUCCUGGCCGAGCUGGGGCGUCCCGGUAGGAAGUGGGACGGGGCGCCGCCAUCAAAAGCAGUGGUGGAGGACAGGCUUGCCGACUGCGACCACCCUAUCCGCGACGAGGAGGCGGCAUGCGAAGGUGGGAAGGUGUUGGCCGACGCCGGCGAAGGGGCGAACAUCACGGGCGUGCAGGAGACCGGGGAAGCAUAUGGUCGGCAGGGCCCUGAACUGGACGACGUUGAGGAGCUGCGACGGGAGAACUGGUUGUUUAGGGCGGAGAACGCUCGGCUGGCGACGUUGCUCAAUGCGGAGCAGGCUCGGCUGGACAGGUUUUUUGUUGGGUUUAGUGGACUCGUCGACCACGUGAAAGGGUUGGCCGAGCAGGUCGACGGCACCGAGAAGUAUGCGGCGGAACAGCUGCGAAACGCGACGGCGGCCAUGUCGGAGACCAUCACGGGCAACAUCACCGGCAGCUUCGACGAAGCGUGGAAGGCGACGAAGACCUUCGCGGAACAGGCGUCGGCGUGGUUGGAGGACUUCGACAACCCGGAAGGUCGUGUGGCAUAUGCACGCGCGAGAGCGAUCGACGCCAUGGCCGAUCACGUGACUGGGGAGGUGGGCGAAGCGAAGCGGGGUUUGGAGCUGUACAUCACGACGCAACUAUCCGCCGCGCAGGUCAACAUCGCCACCGCUGUGACCUCCAGGCUCGCCGUGCAGCCGCCGCCACCGCCUCAUCCCACGCCGCCCGCCCUCCCGGAAGAGCUCUUGAAGUCGUUCAAGGCCGACAUCUUGAAGGCGGUGACGGAGGCCACCCAACAGUCUUUCGUUGCUUCCGGGAUGAAGAUGAUGACCGAGAUGAUCGGCACUCUGGCGCCUGGUCGACGUGGGUCGUCGCCGUCGGCCAAUGACGCCGAUCACGCGCAACGGAAGACGGCCGACAAGCAGGGCCCGAAGAGGACGGGCGACGGAGACGACAAGGAAAGCGCGAAGCGGAGCAAGGGAUCGGACGGGAGCCGCGGCUCGAAGCCUGCGGCACAGAGCGUGGUCGACCAGCUGAAGACGAAGGCGGGGUGGAAGGUGAUAAGGACGUCGAACAGCAAGGGAGGCGGAAGCGGGGGGGCAGAGGGUGGCCCUACCGACGGGGUUGCCGCUAACGUCGCCGCUCCGCCUGGCCCGCCUUUGGUCGCCGAGCAGACCCAUCCUCAGGCGAGCGGUGGGAAAGGCGUGACUGACAAGGAGGUCCCAACUGCGCAGGCGGCGAAAGAUGGCGGCGCCGGAACCACCAAGGGACCGGGUCUGGAGGGAGAAAGGGGGGAAGGAGUGCGGUUCCAGGGGGCGGCUGAAAUGGGGGGUGAGGUUAAAGGGGGGUGGUUGUUUGGGGUGGGGAUGUGGGGGUUAGUAAGAGGGGACGCCGCAGCCACCCCCCCACCUCCUCUCCUCAUCCCCCACUCAACCCCCCCCUUCGGCAACGCGAAGGCUGCUUCUGCCUCGGUCGCCGGCACCACCAAGUCGAAUCCCCGUAACCACCCUGCGGCUACCAGCGCGCCUGUCGACCAGUCAGGUGCGAACAAAGAUGGGGAGGCCCGUGCGGCCCCUCCUGCUCCGGCAGCCCCGUCUACCACCCAGGGCGACGCGAAGGCUGCUUCGGCUAAGGGCGAUGCUCCGGCAUCAGCUCAGGGGCCCCCCGGUGGUAACGCGCUAAGGGCAAUGCUCCGCCGCAUGGAGGCACAUAGCAGGGACGUGCAGCAGCAUCCCGUGGUCGACGCCGGCCUUGCCGGAACAGCACGUCGCUCAGUCAUUCCGCAGGUUGCCGGCACAUCGUCCGGUGCCCCGCCUGCCGCGCCUCCGGUCGCCGCCCCACCCCCUGCGGACCCCAAAUCCGCGUUUCUUUGCGCCCAUUUAGGCGCACGCAAAGCGGUGACUCAGCCGGAGCCCGGCAACAACGCGACGCCGACGUCGGUAAACGCGACCGCACCCUUACCAGGUGCAGCCGUUGUCGAUGCGGCCGCAGAGAAGGGAGUGAGUGCAGUGCUAGCCACCGGCGGCCGCGCCGACAAGCAUGCCGAACUCGCUGCCGUCUUGGCCCAUUUUGAAGCAGCAAAACGCCCCGAGCACGCCCCUGCUCUGGCCAUCAUGGACUCGGCGCAUGUGGUGCCGUCGGCGACCCACGGAGAGGGUUCGGCGGAGCCGACGGCUGCAACGAGUGCUGUCGCCGAGAGAAAUGCUGGACGGAAGGGGAAGGACGGUCUCUCAGAGGAGCACGCGGUCUGCGGGGAAGGAGAUGUCGGAAGAGAAAGGGAAUCAGGACAAGACGGGCGGCAAGGGUCCGGCGACGGGCAUGGGUGGGUGGGCGAGAUUAAGGUAAACGGACAGAAUCGAUACAUCGGCAAGUCGAGGGAGAAGAUGGAGCUGGCCUACGAGCACGCGAUUGCGCUCGUCGUCUACGACGGCUACGUGAGCAAGGUGCUCAUGAAGGAGCUCACUGUCUUGAAGCCGGGGGAGUUGGAUAAAUGGAAGGAGGUGUGGGCGGAGGUCAAGUUCUUGCCGACUGGGAUGUGGACGGUGAUGUGGGCCAGAGGCUUGUGCCAUCCGAGAGCAAGGUUCGACGAUAUACUCGGCAGGUACCGUGGGUACGCGAGUUCGGGUGAUGCGCUUCAUGACGUGCUCUGGCCGGCGAUCUGGUUCCCCAUCAUCGAAAACACGGAGGAAGGCAAGGAAGAGACGGACGCUCUCAUGUCGGCGAUGGUAAAUCGCGUGUCGAUGUGCGCGGCGUAUGGGAAGGUCGCGGCGAGCGCGGCGUUUGGGAAGGUCGAUGCGAGCGUGGAGGGGAAGGCGGGAGAGAAGACGGAGAUGGAAGGCGUGGAGGGGAAGGCGGACGAGAAAACGGAGAUGGGGGCCCAGGCGUUAGCGGCAUCGGCAUGCGCCCUCUGGUGCUUCGUGGAGACGGGGGCGUCGGUGCUCGGUGCUGUGGGCGAAGGGAAGGCGGCGGCGAUGGUGGCAGGUGCGGGGGAGGAGAGGGCCGAGGACUUCAAGAAGGUGAUGCUCGCGGUGAUCGACUUAGCACGCAGUAGGGCCUUCGAGGAGGGAGUUGAGGAAGUCGAUGCCGACAUGAUUGCUAGAGCGACUGUCGAGACCUUGGCGUUCUGGGGAAUGUGCCCCGUCGCCGGGCCCAAGCUCAAAGAGCAGGGCAUCGAUGUGCCGUGUGAUGCAAAGAUGGAGUACGAUAUGGAGCACAGGGGGAGGAAGGGGGAGAAGGUCAAGCAGGCCAAGGGCAGCAAGAGGAAAAGGGGGCAGACGGGCAAGCAGGGCAACGACAGUACGGAUGCGUAG